CCGUUCCAAAGUCUUUCCACAGCAAUGGCUCACCGAUGCUUUGUGCUUGCAUUGAUAGUCCUAGGUGUUUGGGUCUUUGGAGCCAUGGCUCGUGGCAUUGCUGACGUCCCCAUGUCGACAAGGCACGAGCAGUGGAUGGCUCAAUAUGGGCGAGUCUACAAGGAUGCAGCAGAAAAAGAGAGACGAUUCCAAAUCUUUAAAGACAACUGCAACUACAUCGAGUCUGUCAAUAGAGCCGGCAAUCGCAAGUAUAAGCUCGGUCUCAACCAGUUUGCUGACAUGACCAACGAGGAGUUCAAGGCCUCUCACCUUGGAUUCAAGCCCAUGCGCCUUACAAAGUCCACGACAGGAAGCUUUCAGUAUGCCAACCUGACCGACGUAUCUGACAGCGUAGACUGGAGAACCAGAGGUGCAGUUACUCCUGUCAAAAAUCAAGGCUCAUGUGGGUGCUGUUGGGCAUUCUCCACUGUAGCAGCCAUUGAAGGGAUUACUCAAAUCAACAAUGGCAACUUGGUCUCCUUGUCGGAGCAACAAGUUGUAGACUGUGACGUCAAAGAUGGAAACCGAGGAUGCCACGGGGGAUUCAUGACUCGUGCCUUCCAAUACGUCAUUGAUAAUGGAGGGAUAACAACUGAAGAGAAUUAUCCUUACAUGGCAGCUGAUGGCACUUGUGACACCAACAAGGCAUCAUCAUCGGCAGCUACCAUCAGCGGCUACCAGAACGUGCCCGUAAAUGAUGAGUCCUCGCUCUUACAGGCAGUCUCAAAGCAGCCUGUUUCAGUUGGCAUUGAUGGUGGUGGGCAAGACUUCCAGCACUACUCCAGUGGCAUCUUCGCUGGCCCAUGUGAAACUAAUAUGGACCAUGCUGUGACUGCUAUUGGUUACGGGACAGCUGAGGAUGGGACCAAAUAUUGGCUGCUCAAGAAUUCGUGGGGUACAACUUGGGGUGAGAAAGGAUACAUGCGCAUCCAGCGUGACGUUAGUGCACCGGAAGGGCUUUGUGGUAUUGCCAAGCUUGCUUCUUACCCAACAGCAUAAAUUCAACGAUCUUCUACGUCCUAAGACACCUUACUAAUAACUAAGAGGAAUCUUUACGAAAAGAAAAAAAAGAAUGAAAAAAAUAAAAGAGAGAGAAUGAUAUCUAUAUCAUGUAAUAUCUUAUGUAUUAGUGCUUUGUUAGGCAAAGUCAUCUUGUAGUGUUGAGACUUGCUCCUAUUUGUAGUUGUACUACGAGGCUGCUUUGUGUGGUCAAUGAAUCUAAGAUAUUAGUUGGU